AGUUCUUGUGAGAACUCCAAAGUUAAACGUGCUCAGUGUGGAGUACAACAAGGAUGGGUGACCUUAUGGGAAGUCACCCUGAAUUGCACCCCAAGUCGAAAACCGUGCGGGUGUAGAGGCCCAAAGCGGACAGUAUCUUGUCGGGAAAAGGUUCGGGAUGUUACAAGUGGUAUCAGAGCCUCUCCGCGUCCCUCUUGAACGAUGGUGGGGCAAACCUCAACGAGGACGUUGAGUCCCAAGGGGGGGUGUAUGUAACACCUUAGGCAAAUCCCACAUCGACAAAGCACGGGAGAGAUCCAUGGUUCAUAAGUAG